AUGCCUACCUACCUGAUCACACAGGCUACCGGUCAGCAAGGCGGCUGGACCAUCACCCACCUUCUGGCCGCCGGUGCUACAGUACACGCUCUUGUACGCGACCCCCAGAAGAUCCCAUCCACUCUGCAGCGUCCCGGCGUUACACUUUUCGAAGGCGACAACGAGGACUCCGGGGCGAUUUUCCGAGCGGCUCAAGGCUGCAAGGGGGUCUUCCUGAACACUUACCCAAGCUACACGGACGUGACCUCAGAGGGUCGACAGGCGCAGACCAUCCUCGAUGCCUGCAAGAAGGCGGGUGUCGAAGCCGUCGUGGCCGCUACGGCUUUAUACACGGGAAAUAAGGAGUUGUGGGGCGAUGAUGAGUCGAUGAAACUCGUUGGCGGUUACUAUACCUCGAAGACCAGCAUCGAGGACGCCGUCCACGGUGCCGGCUUGAAAGCGUACACGAUCCUCCGAACCGGCUUCGUCCACUCCAACUACCUGCUGCCCGCCGUCCAUCGCAACAUCCCCGCCCUCCCCCAGACCGGCGAGCUGGACCAUGCCUUCGAUGACGGGGUCAGGUUGCCGCACAUCGACGAACACGACUUCGGCAAGUACGCCGCGGCGGCGUUGCUCGAUCCAGCCAAGUUCGACAAGCAGGAGAUUGAGAUGGGCAACGAAAGCCUGACCAUCGAGGAGGUGCGCGACAUCAUCGCCAGGGUCAGCGGAAGAGACGUCAAAGUCAAGAAGAGGACUGCGGCUGAGAUCGAGGAGGCGUCGACCACGGUACCGGCUCAGCGAUUCCACCUCUGGGCCAAUAUCAAGGACCUUUCCAUGGACACGCAGGCUACGGUGGACAAGUUCGGUAUACCUUUCACGUCGCUUGAGGUGUACUUGGAGAGGGAGAAGAGCCGGCUUUUGGAGUGUCUGCCAUCUCCCAAGUAG